AUGUCCGUCGACGAGCUCCUCUCUCGAUUCAGCAGUCUCGAGAUGGAAGCCUCCGCCGAGACCUACCACAUUCUGAGCCUCCACUAUCUCGCCCGUGAGCUACUCCCAAGCGAUACCGAAUGCUACAUGUGUGGCCCGAGGAACGUGUGCCAGCGGAACAGACCACCCGCCGAUCCGAGACUCUUGGGCAUGCUGGAUUACAGCUUCAACACCAUGAUUUCGACAUCGACUAGACAAGAGCCAAUUUGUGGGCAGCGAGAGCACGAGAAGCUUUUGGCUGCUGUCGCAGAUCUCUCACAAUUCCCGGGAGAGUCUGUCCUGAAGAUCGCCUCGUACUUCGAUGAUCGCGAGUUCCUGUGUGUUGUGUAUCGGUUCAGGCUGCAGAGCGCCACCGUCAACAAGUUCGAGUCGACCAGAGAGUUUGAACUGAACACAAACGAGAUGAAUGCCCUUCGAUCACACUGGACAGAGCAUCCGUGGACACGUCUCGUGGAUCAUUUGAUAAGUCGCGAGUCCGAUCGAGCUUACUACCAUGUCCAAGAAGGCGUCAGUCCAUGGGAGGCUUACCGCGAGGAGGAAGAAUGGCUUGAGCAGCCAUGGCGCGAGCAGUGGGCUGUACGACAGAUUCCAGAUGUGAUCGAAGCCUUUCGGUCAAAUCUCUUCCAUGCCGACACGGAGGAGAAGCUGAAGGCAGUCGGGGUCGCGGAGCUCCACACGCACUGCGACCAUAGCAUCACGAUCACGAGAGACGCCAUGGAGGUUUUGACCCCAGAGAGCUGUCUGGCCGCGAAAUGUCCCAGCUGUGGAAAGGCGAUCAUGACUGACUACGUCGUCAACGAGAUCAGAGUCAGCCAAGAGUCGGAGAAAGCUGUGGCAUUCAAGAAAGAGAACAAACUCUGGAUCCGACUGGAUCAUCGUAUUGUCGACGGGGAAUUCUCCUUCGACGCCGACGAGAUCUUCACGGCCCUGGAGAUGUCAUUGAGGAGCCUGACGCCCCCGAAGAUGGCUUGUCUGCCAGGGUACUCAUUCGGUGACUAUCGUGCAACGAAGGCCGUUCUCGAGGGGUUUCGGGACCAUUUCGAGGACUCUGACGACGUGUUCGAAGUCACGGGCAUCGAGUUGGCCGAGCAUCUUUACCGAACGGCGAUGGAGACGAAGAUUGGGUCUUCCACGAUACCACUCGGCCAAGCUGUUCGUCGCCCUCGGUUUAAGGAAGACCUAGAAGUGUGGCUCCGCCGAGCAGUCAACUUGGCCAUUGCAAGCUGCAGGCGGAAGUUGGAGGCGUCGAUGGAUGAAGAAUCGAUGCUAAAGGCAAUGGGAGGGUUUGAUCUAGGGGGUGGAUCAGUGGAGUCGAUCGGGGCGAUGUUCAUGCGGAUGGGCAUCUAG